CGCUGGACCAUCGCCACCGUCGCCUUCAUGCCUACCUCACCUCCGUAGCCUGAUUUCUCUCGACGACACCUCCUUUGGCUCCGGGCACCGACAUAAACACGACAACCGCCCUCGCCAUGUCGCCGCCCGCCGGCGUUAACGCCCAGCUGCGACAGCUCAUACACUACCACCUAGACAAUGGCUUCCUCGAGAACGCACUAUUUCUUGCAAGCCGCCUCCAGGCCCUCGAACCUCGCAACGCGGACGCCACGCAUUUGCUAGCCCUCUGCAACCUCCGAUUGGGUCGAUACAAGGCCGCGUUUGACUAUGCCAAACCGAAAGGACAUCAGCCACCGCAUCUGGGGUGCGCAUACGUGUUUGCGCAGGCCUGCCUCGGCCUGGAGCGGUUUGAUGUUGGAGCUCAGGCACUGGAGAAGACCCGCGGGCUUUGGGCAGGUCGAAAUCACUGGAACAAGCACUCAGAUACGUCGAGGCGACCCGUGCCAGAUGCGGCCGCCUGCUAUUGCCUCCUGGGAAAGCUGUACGCCGCCUGGGGCGACACGAAGAAGGCGAUCGACUACUAUGUGGAAGCACUCAAGAUCAACCCGUUCAUGUGGGACGCAUUCACCGGUCUCUGCGACAUGGGCGCUGUCGUUCGCCCCCAGAACAUCUUCAAAAUCACUCCUGAGAUGCUCGCAUCCAUAUCGCACUCCGUGACCAACGGCCACAGUACGACUUCCUUCAACUCUCAAGACGAUUUUGACGGGAAGAACCCGUUCGUAUCGACGCCUGAGAUUGACCCUUUCAACCCGUCUGUGCGACCUGGAGGCGAUGUUGGACUUAAUUUGGGAGGCUCUAAUCUCCUAUCGAAGCUUAACGGCAGCAUUCCUGUCACGUACAGCAACGGCAUUGGCUCGUCGUAUCCGGAUGUCGAGACACCGACUUCCAAUGGCCAGAAUAUUCCCGAUGAAGAUGUCAUGAUGGGUGAAGCAGGAGGCCCCGUCAUAAACGAGCCUUGCCCAGAGAUUCUUCAUGCUCCGGGUCGAAAGCCACGGAUGCAGGCAUUCAGCGCUACGGAAGAUCCACCAAAGAUGCGACCAAUUACGACACGGACGAGGCUGAAGACGACGUCGGAAACGAACGAGCGAACGGAAAUUCCUCAGCCGGCCGGCUGGCAGAAUGGCCACAAGCGAACCGUCUCAGGUCACUCGAUGCAACACGUGCAUCAAAUAAACGCACCAACAGCUGAUCCCACUGCGGCUCCACCUAGGAGAAGCGUGAGGUUACUGAACUCAAUAAGCGGAAUACGGCCAUCAAGUAGCAGGCUAGCCAAUGCAGCAAGUAGAGAUCCGGAAGGCAGGGAGCGUCGGGAGCUUAGGAAGGCGAAAGCUACCGGUACGAAGGGGAAGUCGAGCACAGUAUCUACUGUGGGAAGAGUAGUGAGUGGUAAUCGAAAGCCGACCAUUGAAAUCUCGGAGUCUUCAAAACCGGAGUCGCGCCCGGCAAGCGCAGCUGCCAUAGCGGCACCGCCACCGAAAAUGGCUGCACCCCCAGAGCCUUUGAGAGAACAGGAAGCGCUGAACUGGCUUCUUGAACUCCUCCUCAGGAUCGGUUUAGGAUAUAAAUAUCUGAGCCGAUUCGAGUGUAGUAAGGCCAUUGACGCCUUUAACGUAAUAUCCACGCCGCAGCGCGAGACUCCUUGGGUACUAGCACAACUCGGAAAGGCCUACUACGAGAGCUCCAAGUACGCCGAGGCCGAAAAGGUGUUCCAACGCAUACGAGACAAAGCUCCCUCAUACACGGAUGAUAUGGAGGUCUUCUCAAAUACUCUUUGGCAGCUGAAGAAAGAGACGGAACUGGCUUACCUAGCCCACACUCUGGUCGACCAGGACCGACUCUCACCGCAAGCAUGGUGCGCUCUUGGAAAUGCUUUCUCUCUGCAGCGCGAGCAUGACCAGGCGAUAAAGUGCUUCACGCGAGCUACCCAGCUAGAUCCGAAGUUUGCGUAUGCGUUCACGCUCCAAGGUCAUGAGCACAUCACCAACGAAGAGUAUGACAAGGCGAUGUUCGCGUAUCGGUGCGCCAUCAGCGCUGAUAAUAGGCACUACAAUGGGUGGUACGGACUGGGCCUUGUAUAUGAAAAGCUGGGCAAGUACGAGGUCGCGGAAAAGCACUACAGGGCCGCGUUCAUGAUCAAUCCAAACAAUCCUCUGUUAGCAGUCAGGAUUGGAAACGUUCUUGAUCGGAUGAAGAAGACCGAACCCGCUCUGAUGCAGUACGAAACUGCAGUACGGCUCGAUCCACGGUCAACGCUCGCCCGCUUUCGAAAGGCGCAAAUACAUCUCAAGAUCGGCUCGCCGGAGGAGGCUCUCCAGGAGCUCAUGUUCCUCAAGGACGCAGCGCCCGAUGACGCGAAUGUGCACUUCUUGCUCGCUCGGGCGUUCAAGAAGUUGAAGAAUAGGACGGACGCUGUUCGGCACUUCACAAUUGCGUUAAAUCUAGACCCGAAGGCGCAGCCGGUUAUCAAAGAAGCUAUGGAGAGCUGGGAGGAUGAUGACGCGGAUUGGAGUAGCGGGGACGAGAGGUGAUAGAAAAGCUACAUCCUAUUCUAACUUCUCGGCAUCUCCAUUGCUCAUAUCCCACCCAACGACGCCGCCGGCAGCGAAGACCUUCCACCGCGGCCAACGCCUCUGGACAUCCGACCUUCCAACCCCGAGCCUCUUUCAAGCCUAUCCUGCCGACCAUCGCCGAGCACCAACUGUACUAGCGUCCUGUCCUGAAUACCCCUUCAGCUGCGCAUACCUUUCUGCCCAUUACCGUUAUACCCUAUCUUUCGUCGGCAUGCAUUUCCGGAGUAUAUGAGCGAGGGGGAGCAAGC